UUUGAGAAGCACUUUGGGCUGCAUGCUUGUCUAAAAGGCUGCUGCGUGACAAGAAAUCCCCUGAAUUCCUGAGAAACGAAAGUAAAAGUAAAGCAGCCCGGUGAGGAUGGCUGACUCGUAUUCGUAUGCUCUGCUCGUCGAACUGGAAGAAAACAAAGUACCAAGACUUAAAAACAAGUUAGUGAAGUACUUUCAGAGUAAGAAAUCUAACGGGGGCGACUGUGAGGUUGACUAUGAAAAUGGUAGCAGGACUGCGAUGUUGCGCUUCCGCCAAGAGGAGGACCAGCAAAAUGUCCUGUCGAAGAAGGGUCAUCAGAUACGUUUGGACCAGGGCGUGUUGAGGAUAACGGUUCGCCUACUUCCAGAUAAAUUACCAAAGCAGGAAGCUCCAUCUGAUGAAGUCGCCAAGAAACCAGAUGUUGCUGAAAAGAAACCACGUGACACUGAAGAAGCCAAACCUGCAGCCGAAGUCCAGACUGAGGUCAAAGGCGAAGAUGAUGAGACCCAAGAUGAAGAGCUCUGCUCCGCGCUGGCUAUUAUAGAAAAUAUACCAAAUCAAAUGAGCCAGGAGUAUUUGGAGAUGGUGAUUGAAGGUGUUUUCAAAGAUUAUGACCCGCCACCCACCUCAGAAAGCUUCACUCUACAAGUCAUUCCUAGCAUCUCCUCUGCCGUGGUGACUUUCUUGAGUGGAAAAGAAAACAGUUACUUUGUGACAAGUUGCCCUCAUAACAAACGCUUCACAAAGAUGGGACUUGCAGCUCGGCCUCUUGAAGUCACAAAGCAGGCCUUAGUGGACGACGUGAAAUGUUGCAGUGAAGCGGUCCUCAGUCUGUACUUUAACAGGGAAGGAGAGGAUGUUGAAAAUGUCGAGUUUAAAGAAGUGGAACAGUCUGCCAUCAUUACGUUCAAAGACCAAAAAGCUGCUCAGAAAGUCUUGAAGAAGAAGACGCAUCAUAUCAGACAGAAAGAGAUCAAAGUUUAUCCCUUUUACAAGUCAUUGGGAAUAGCUCUCUAUGGCACAGACACACCUUCAAUCAAACUCCCUGCUGCUAUCUCUGAACCCAUUGACGAGGCUCUCUGGAGAUAUCUGAGUGACCAUCAGUCAGAAGUAGAGACUAUUCGAAAUCAGCUGAAAGACCACUUCUGCGAGCUCAGUCUCAACCAAUCCACUAUAUGCUUGAGUCCUGUCCCUUCACUACUGCAAGAAAAGGAUGCCAAAACCAUCUUCAAAGAGUGGAGGGAUACUGUAAAGUCAGCCAUUGCACAAGCUCUGUUAAAAUUCAGAUCCCUGAAGCUUCAGCCCGAGCCAACGAAAUGGGAAGAGUCUGUGACGAAUAUCAAACAGACGCUACUGAACGAGGAUGUAGCUGUCGUUCCUGAUGAAGCCAGUGGUGUCUUAACAGUAGUUGGCCUCGUGGCUGACAUUAACAGACUAGAGCAAACUCUGAAUGAAGUCAUCAACAGGAUCAUCCAAUGGGCUCAGAGGGAGACAUUAAGUGUAACCCAAAAGAUCAAAGUGGCCCCGUCCAUAUUCCACAUCCUGUGUCAAGAUGGUCUUCAGGACAAACUGCUUCGUGCGCACCCAAAACUGAAAAUGUCAUACAAGAAAGAGAGCGCAGAGUUUAUUGUAACUGGCUUCAAUGAUGAGAUUUUGACUGCAAGUAAAGUUAUAUGUGAAGGAACAGUUGCGUUAAAACGACAACAUUUAGAGGUAGACAAAUUUGUCCUUGACUUUUUAAAGCAUGAUGAACCUGAGAAACUUACGUAUGCUCUCCUCACAUCCAACGAGAUGAAUGCAUCAUUUGAGAUCGCUGCAAAAAAGGUCCACCUGCUAGCUGUUUCUGACAGAGAUCUAACUGAGGCUGAGGACCAUCUGAGAAAGCUGCUGGUGUCUAAAUACAUUGAUGUUGAGGACAGUAAUGUCCUGAAGAAGCAAGAGUGGAAGGACCUGGUCAGUAAAUCGGAGAAUACAAGGAACAAGCCACUGAGAACAAUUCAAAUCUGUGCUGAUGGUCAAAGAGUUGUGGUGUCUGGCCACAGUGACGGAGUCGAACAAGUUAGCAGUGAACUUGAAAAGUUCCUAACGCAGAAUGCAGAAGUUGAGGAAACUGUUAGUGUCAAGCCCAAUGAAAAAGUUCAGUACAUUAAAAAAGUUGGGACAUCUUGGUUGGGCAAAGUGGGCGACAGAGUGGUGCUAAGCUACAAAAAGGAGGCCAUCUGUGUGAGUGGUUGCAGAGUCCAUGUCACAGAAUGCAAGACCUUGCUUAAAAACUAUGUAUCUUCCUUGGUCUUUGAACAUUUCAAAGUCUCCACGCCUGGAAUGAAAACCUUCUUUCAGGAAAAAGAAGCGAAGUAUCUGACCUCCAUCUGGAAUGAAACCAGCUGCCUUGCCCAACUAGCUGAUGAGACCAGUGAUGGACAGGAUGACCUCAGACAAUAUCCAAAGCCUGUGUAUCAGCUUCAGACACUUGAUGGAAUGGAGAUAACUGUUUGCAAGGCAAAUAUGUGCAGCUACCCAGUUGAUGCAGUAGUUAAUGCUUCUAACCAGAAUUUGACACUCAUUGGAGGUCUUGCAGGAGCACUUCUUGUGGCUGCUGGCCCUCAGUUGCAGCAUGAAUGUGACAAACUGAUCAAAUUAAAAGGACAACUCAAACCAGGGGAUAGCGUCAUAACAGGAGCAGGUGGGCAGCUGUCCUGCAAAAAAGUAAUCCAUGCAGUGGGACCUGUGUAUGACUCAGCCAACCUCCCAAGGGUCCUGGCACAGUUGAAAAAAAGUUUCAAAGCAAGUUUAGAGCUCGCAGAAAAGAGCGGCUGCAUCUCUGUGGCUCUGCCUGCCAUCAGCAAAAACCAAGGCUUUCCUCUCAACACAUGUGCGGACACUAUCAUCAAAGCAGUGAAAGAAUACUGUGAUGAAAAAUAUGGCGACAACACCCUGAAGAAAAUCCAUUUGGUCAACAGUGAUGACAGUGCGGUUGGAGCUAUGGAGUUAGCUGUCAAAAAGGUGUUUGGAAGCAGCGGUGUCAUUCAGUCUCCAAAAGCUCCCUCUACCACUUCACCUGUGCCACUGAAACCACUGCCACUGGACCCAAAUUGCAUUGGCCAAGUGCAGACCAAAGAGGGCUUGCACAUCACACUUAUGAAAGGAAAUAUUGAGAAUGCCGCGACGGAGGUGAUUGUGAAUACCGUGUCCACAGACCUUGAUCUAAGUAAGGGUGCAGUUUCAAACUCAAUCUUCAGAAUGGCUGGGCAAACUCUUCAGCAGCUGGUACAGGCAGAAAAUCAGAGUGCAGAAGUCGGUGAGGUCAUUGUUACAGCAGGCUGCAACCUGAAGAGUAAACUCGUCUAUCAUGCAGUUGCACCUCAAUGGAACAAAGGCACAGACACAUCUGAGACGACCUUGAAGGACAUUUUCAGUGACUGCUUGGACAGAGCAGAGGACAGCGGUCUUGCCUCCAUAUCCCUUCCCGCUCUCGGCUCUGGAAACCUUGGCUUCCCAAAAGACCUCGUAGCGUCACUGUUGUUGAAAGAAAUCGUAGAGUUCAGCAGUAAGAGAAAACCUCAGCACCUGAAGAAGGUCGUGAUCAUCCUUUACCCAGCAGACACAAACACUAUCCAGGCUUUUACUGAUGAAUUCAAGAAGCAGUUCCCCAGUGCCUCAGUCACUGUCACUGCAGUGCCAACAAGUUCCCCACAAAGUUCAGGUCCUUUCUCCAAAGUUGUCUCAGGUUCAGGAAUACAUGAGACCAAAAUGGGGAGUGUUGCUGUGCAGGUGGUCACAGGAGACAUAACAAAGGAGACCAGUGACAUUAUCGUCAACUCCAGUAACAACAGUUUCUCUCUGAAAACAGGAGUAUCAAAGGCUAUCAUGGAAGCAGCUGGGCAGGCUGUUGAAGCAGAAUGCAACACUCUUGGUGCCCAGCCCAAUACAGGCAUGAUACUGACUCAGCCUGGCAACAUCCAGUGCAAGAAGAUCCUCCAUUUAGUUGCAGGAUCUGACCCAGUUCAAGUCAACACGGUUGUGAAAAAUGCACUCCUACUGAGUGCAAAACACAUGUACACUUCUGUCUCAAUUCCUGCAAUUGGCACAGGUCAAGGCAAUGUAAGCGCAAAGCAGGUUGCAGAUGCAAUGUUGGACGCAGUGAUUGAUGUGUUUAGCCUUAACACUCCCACCACCCUGAAGACAAUCCGAAUAGUUAUCUUUCAGCCUCACAUGUUAACAGACUUUUUCAGCAGUAUGCAAGAAAGAGAAGCAAAAGCAGCUGCAACUCAACCCCCUAAAGACAAAGGAUGGUCCUGGGCAGGGAUCGGCUCCAAAAUCAAGAACUUCUUUGGUGGUGAAAAGCCACAGAAAGGGGAUUUUGUUAUUGAGCCUCUGACAGUGGAUCCCCUAUGCUUCAACAUCUGCAGUGAAUCGCAGGCUAGUGUGGACUCAGCCAAGAAGUGGAUCAGCGACCUGAUCUCCAAAGAGUACACCGACAACACCUUUUCAGACAGCGCCAUCCUCAACAUCUCUGACGAAGACCAUCAACAGCUUAUUCACAUCCAGAAGACUGCUGGGGUGAGCAUAAGGAUUGAGAGCAAGAAUGGCCAGGCCUCAAUAACCAUCGAGGGGCUCAGCAAGAACGUGCUCAGAGCCAGCAACAUGAUCAAUGAGAUUUUGAGGAACACCAGAGACGAGGAAGACCUGAAGACCAAAGUGAGAGUGAUCGAAACAGUGGCAGACUGGCAGUACCGGCAGCCAGGGUUUCAGUUUCAGAGUUUUGAUCCAAAGAACAACUUCAAGCUGGAGGAAGCGUUGAACAAGAAGCUACAAAGUGUAAAAGUGACUGUGCAGGGUGAAGAUUACACUGUCAAAAUGCCAAGGGGACCUGGAACUGAUAGUCAAGGACGCAUCAUGGAAAUAAAACGGAUUAACAAACUAAAAGAUGAAGACAUCCCCAAUUCCUGGGACCCAAUGCCGGACAACCAAACAUGUAUGGCUGUUACCAUCCAGCCGGGGACCGCAGAGCACACUGAAGUCCUCAAUCUGUUUCAAGCGUCAUGCGAACUUGGUGUUAUUCAGAUCCAGAGGAUCCAAAACAUUGUGCUGUGGAAGAGCCUGCUGAUAAAGAAGCAUGACAUGGAGCAGAGGAACGGCCAUCAGAACAACGAGAAACAACUUUUCCAUGGCACCAGCGAAGACACUGUGGACCACAUCAACGAGCACGGCUUUAACCGGAGUUUCGCAGGAAAGAACGCUGCCCGUCGUGGGAAUGGCACAUACUUUGCAGUAAAAGCCAGUUACUCUUCCAAGGACGCUUACUCCAAGCCAAACCAGAACCAGGAGAAGUUCAUGUACCUCUGCCGAGUGCUCACUGGCGAUUUCACCCUUGGCCACAAAGACAUGAUUCAACCUCCGCCAAAGGGUUCUGCUUCUGUUCAGAAGUAUGACAGUGUUGUGGACGACAUAGGAACACCCAAAAUGUAUGUCGUCUUCCAUGACAGCCAUGCCUAUCCUGAAUAUCUAAUAAAAUUCAAGUAACACCUCUGGUGCUCUGAGAUUACAAAAAAAGCCUUGUAUUAGACUCUGCCUCACAACAUUAUAUCAGUCUUUGCUUUUGUUUUAAUUGCUUCUACCUAUGAUUUUUGUUUUUAACUUGCAACAAGUUUCCUGGUAUGUUAACAGUUAUUAAUAGAUUACAAACAGCACAUAAUGAUCAGAGGUGUCUAAUGAGGGUGCACACCAUAGAGAGCUUUGGAAAGAUAUUUGUGAACAUACUAAAGAAUAAUCAUGCUAGAGACCUUUUCAAACAUUGUAAUGUACUGAACAUUGUACUCAGAGUUUACAGGUCCUGGGAGGCUUCUGGAAAGGACCUACUCUUUCAAGAAGUCAUGUGAUGUAUGUGCUUAUCAGGUUUACAGUCACUCUGGUUUAGAAAUGAAAUUGAAAGUUAAAUGCAGGUCCAGUGAAGAGUGUUUUACCCAAUCUGUAAGUUCAGUUGAGUGAAAAGUUUUCACAUGAAGAUGUAAAGUCUGAACAGAAACCUGUUUUAUUAUGUUGCAAUGUAUUCAAACUAAUAAACUGUGUCUGUAACACACUA